AUGGCUUCGCGGGGCCCCCGCUAUCAACCACACUAUAAUAUACCGCCGACCACUCCUUCGACUACCAAUCUUUUGUCUCCUCCUUCAGGAAUCCCACCACGGCAAGGGAUUCUUGAAUCUGGUCGUCAGGGUCGCGAUAUCACGAGCAUUUCCACAUUCGCUACCGGGAGCGCCGCCUCCGUAUCGGACAAGUUCUCCUUGUCUCCGGACCCAGCGACCUGGAAUGCCCCGCUUUCUACUGACUUCCCGGAGGACGAUGACAUUCUGCACAAUCCUGACCCGAAGCGAGAUUACCGAUGGGAGCAGGAUCGGGAUAUUUUUACCUGCAGAGGCCUCGUCAACCUGGGCUUCCUUGCUGUGCUGUUUGUCGGGAUUGUCACGCUCUUUGCGGGCUACCCAUUAAUCGUACAUUUUACCAAGCACAAACAGACGACUCAAGGAGGGUUCAACUUUGGCGGAAUCAACGCGACGGGCCAGGUACCCAACUUACCCGGGAGCCGCGGUCUCAUCGACGCUCACACCCCGGUGGAAGCUCACACCAAGGCCGACUAUGACUCCGGCAACCAAUGGCAGCUCAUCUUCAGCGACGAAUUCGAGGUUGAAGGACGCACUUUCUGGCCAGGGGACGACCCAUACUGGGAGGCCGUCGACCUGCACUACUGGCAGACGGGCAACCUCGAGUGGCUCGACCCGACUGCGAUCACGACGCGCAACGGCAGCCUGGAGAUCACGAUGUCCCAGAAGCCAAGGAACGGGCUGAACUACACCAGCGGGAUGAUGUCGACGUGGAACAAGUUCUGCUUCACGGGCGGUAUGAUUGAGGUGUCCGUCUCGCUGCCCGGGAUGAACAACGUCGCCGGCCUGUGGCCUGCGGUGUGGACAAUGGGCAACCUGGGCCGCGCGGGAUACGGCGCGAGCCUUGAAGGAAUGUGGCCAUAUUCCUAUGAUUCCUGUGACGUCGGGACUGCUCCUAAUCAGACCAAGAACGGCCUGCCUGUCGCCGCAACGGAGAAUGGUGAUCCCCAGAACGGCAACGUAUUGUCGUAUCUGCCCGGCCAACGUCUGUCGCGAUGCUCGUGCCCCGGGUCUUCGCAUCCGGGCCCCAUGCACUCGGACGGGACGUAUGUGGGUCGCUCAGCACCUGAGAUUGAUAUCUUUGAAGCACAGAUUUCGGGUACACCACCGACCGGCCAGGUGUCGCAGUCUGGACAGUGGGCCCCCUUCAACGCGGAAUAUGAGUGGCUGAACAAUUCAAAUACUCUAUUUAUCAAGAAUGACUCAAUCACGACGCUCAACUCGUAUCGUGGUGGUGUCUGGCAGCAGGCUACGUCUGCGACUACAGAGACAGACCAGACUGCGUAUCAGCUUACUGGCGGGCAAUUCUCCGUCUACGGAAUUCAAUAUCAGCCAGGCUUCGAUAACGCCUAUAUUAGUUGGAUAACGGGCGGCGAAGUUGCGUGGACUCUGCAACAAGCUGGUUUGGCAGCAGAUAGUCAGGUCGAAAUCAGCUCUCGACCGGUACCUCAGGAGCCAAUGUACCUCAUCAUGAACUUGGGUAUAUCGCCGCAAUUCGGCUUUGUCGACUUUGCGAACCUGGUGUUCCCAUCGGUCUUGAAACUUGACUACGUGCGCGUCUACCAAGACCCCAACAAUCUCAAUUGGGGCUGUGAUCCGCCGAAUUUCCCCACGCAGGCGUACAUUAAUACGUACAUGAAGGCGUACACAGACCCGAACCUCACCACCUGGCGAAACGACUUCGGGCAGCCAUUCCCGAAAAACAGUUUCCUGGAGACGUGCUGA